AUGUCAUAUUAUCGGCUGCAAAAUGGUACCCAAGUGGUACUAGAUGACGACGCUAUUCCGAUUCUUCGGUAUACACCACCCUUUGAUUCUCAAUCACAGGAGCUGGAGAUUUACAAAUCAUCUGCACCUGUGCCGAAAACCUAUAUGAAUAACACAUUUAUUGAUUGGUACUCUGAAACCACGUUGAUCUCCCACAGCUCAGUUUCCUUCACCUACAAAAAGUGGCUUGUUAUUGUCAUCACAGCAGUUGUGUCAGGGUAUGCCGUGACAAUAAUUGACCUUAUAUCUGUUUGGCUCAAUGACUUACGAAAGGGAAUAUGUCUAAGUGAUUUAGACAAAUGGUCCCUAUUAAAUCCAUAUCUGUCAUGUCCAGCGGGUGCUUGGAAUAACUGGUCCGAGAUAUUAGUGAAUUCGGAUCGAGUGGUUGCUAGUACGUUGGUGAACUUUCCAAUCUUUGUGAUCACUGGCUCUGUUUGUGCAGCUUUAGCCAUCUACGUGUCUCAGACAGAACCUUCCAUUCAGCAAUCAGGUAUACCAGAAGUGAAACUGAUCAUCCAGGGAUUCAACUACAACUUGGAUAAAUACUUGGGAUUGAGAACACUAUUUUUGGAAAUUGUGGGGUUGAGCUUGGUGUCUGCUAGUGGAUUUUGGUUGGGUAAAGAAGGUCCUUUUGUGCAUGUGGCAUGUUGUAUUCUUAAUGUGAUGUAUAACUUGAUCCUCGGUAAAUUGCAAGGAACCGAAGCAGUAAGACGUGAGCUCUUGAGUGCAGCCACUGCUACGGGCAUUUCGUUGGCCUUUAAUUCGCCAAUUGGAGGAGUUUUGUUUGUGCUCGAGUGUAUUCCUAGUUAUUUCUUUCCCACUAAAAUCAUGUGGAACUCAUUCGUUAGUGCUGCCAUUGGACUUGUGGUUUUGGUAGGGUUUAGGUCAUUUACCGAAGGUAUUAACUUUAAUGAAGAAGACCUCUUUUCAGUCGAAUUCGGAGGGUUCAGUUGGUUGAUUCUUGAACUCAUUCCCUUCAUCGGUUUAGGAGUUAUUGGCGGAUUCUACGGGUGGGUUUUUAUCCUGAUCUACACCUGGACCAUGAAAUCUAGAGCUAGUAUUCAACAAAGAUUGUGUACAAUAUUCAGGGUUCCAAUUGAAAAGGCCAAUUACUUGGAGAUCUUGUUGAUCUUCUUUGUCACUUGUAUAUUAAAUUUCCCCAUAGCCAUGUCAAGAUUGCAGUUGGAUGCGUUCUUGAAGAGUUUGUUUAUAAAUUGCCCUGAACCAGGUGAGUCAAACGAGCAGAAUUCGGCCAGUCUUAUGUGUUCUUCGUCUAACGUGGUUACUUCCAUUAAGUUGCUUUAUAUCGCUGUCCAGGCGUUGUUCUUGAGUGCUUACUCGUUUGGAACCAUUUUACCUGGUGGAGUAUUGAUGCCUUCUUUGGUAAUCGGAGCCGUCAGCGGGAGAUUUGUGGGGAUCAUGUCCAAAGGCAUUCAGAGUCUUCUAUUUGGGUCCUCAGAUACUUGCACCCAAAACUCGUGUCUUGUAUCACCAGCUUCGUAUGCUGUCAUUGGUGCUGGGGCUUUUAUGACUGGAGUCACGAAAUUGACCAUGUGUGUGGUGGUUAUUUUAUUCGAGUUAUCUGGAGCACUUUCCUAUGUGCUUCCAAUAAUGGUGGCUGUAAUGGUUCUGAAGUUCGUUAGUGACUACUUGUGCAGUGAAAAUAUCUACGAUGCUUUGCUCACACAUGGUUUCAACAAGUCCAAGAUCGUGACUGGAGAUGUGAUGUACAAUGUUGGUAAGGGCAGUGGGCUCUUUCAGUUCAGCAAUUCUACUGCUUUCAUCAAAGCAAAGUUGCCGGAGGUAACUGUAUCCAAAGUGAUGAUACCAGUGAAGAACACCAAGUGUAUCUACCUUGUGUCUGAUGAAGCGAUGACAUUGAACCAACUACAUGCCUUUUUGAUUGAAAACACCCAUGAAGGGUUCCCACUUCUUGCAUCGCCAACAAACCCAAUAUCAUUGGGGUAUAUCCAUAAGCAGGAUAUAUACACCAGUUUAUCGCAUAUUGAUUCUGCCAAUGGAGAAGACAUCAUAAGCUUCCAGGUUUCAGGAGUCCCCACAGAAGUCCUUUCACACCAAAUACGACACGAACAGGGUGUAGAUCCAAAUACCCUCAUCAAAUUGGAACUUGAGCCUGAAAAACCCUUCAUUAUCAUGAAUGAUAAAACAUGGUUGAGUCUUGUUAUCGAUGUGUUCGAGAAAAUGUACUUGAACUACCUUAUAAUCGUCGAUUCGGGUAAUCAUACACCUCGGUUGAUGACAGGCUUCAUUGACCGGUUUAUCAUUGCCAAGUUGGUAGAGGAGCAAUUUGCAUCCAUCAGAGACGAGCCCAUGUUAGAUGAAGAAUACAUGCAACAAUUUGACAUUGAAGCAGAGGAUAGCAUUGAAGGGGCCAACCAGCUGCUAUUAUUCCACAGAGAGAGAGAGAGUAUUGAAUUGAUUACAUGA